AUGACAGAGAGAAUUAAAGCAAUUUCGUGGUUUUCCUGGAGAAGAAGCAAACUUGAAGCUCCGUCGGAGAAAACCAGAUCGGAACUUGAGCGAUUUUCAAAUCUUCUUCACCGGAGAGAAAUCAGAGUACUUGUAGUAGCGAAGGUUGAUUCUCCGACCAUGGAUGUGAUAAAGACGCAACAGAUAUCAACAAGGACGAUCGAGAAGGUUGUUGUUCAUCCACUCGUCUUGCUUAGUAUCGUCGACCAUUACAAUCGCGUCGCUAAGGACUCGCGUAAGCGUGUCGUCGGAGUUCUUCUCGGGAGCAGCUCUCGCGGUACCGUUGACGUCACCAACAGCUACGCAGUGCCAUUCGAGGAGGAUGACAAAGACCCAAGCAUCUGGUUUCUGGAUCACAACUACCAUGAGUCAAUGUUUCACAUGUUCAAGAGAAUCAAUGCGAAGGAGCAUGUUGUAGGUUGGUACAGCACAGGCCCUAAACUUCGAGAGAAUGACUUGGACGUUCACGCAUUGUUCAGUGGCUAUGUCCCAAACCCAGUGUUGGUCAUAAUUGAUGUUCAGCCUAAAGAACUUGGAAUCCCCACAAAAGCUUACUAUGCUGUGGAGGAGGUCAAGGAGAAUGCUACUCAGAAAAGUCAGAAAGUCUUCGUUCAUGUUUCUACAGAAAUUGCUGCUCAUGAAGUCGAGGAAAUCGGCGUGGAACAUUUGCUCAGGGAUGUGAAAGACACAACAAUCAGUACCCUGGCGACUGAGGUUACUGCAAAGCUUACUGCUUUGAAGGGGCUGGAUGCACGUCUUCGGGAGAUCCGGAGUUACCUUGACCUUGUAAUCGAAGGAAAGCUCCCUCUAAACCAUGAGAUUUUGUACCAUCUGCAGGAUGUUUUCAACUUGCUUCCUAACCUGAAUGUGAGCGAAUUGGUCAAGGCCUUCUCAGUGAAAACAAAUGACAUGAUGCUCGUUAUCUAUCUAUCAUCCCUCAUCCGGAGUGUAAUUGCGCUCCACAACUUGAUCAACAACAAGUUGCUGAACAAGGAACAUGAAAAAACUGAAGACUCAAAGCCCGUGGCCAUACCCACCACCAGCUAA